UCAUUAGCCAUGCUUGUAAAUGAUUUCAUACAAGCAGGUAGUGGUAGUAUUACGAAUAUUUGACAAGGCGUGUCCAUUAUAUGUACGUAAACUAACGCGAAACAUUUUGUAAACACUUUUAAAUACACAGAUAUAACUAGUGCAUAAUGUGCACAUAGAUCGUGUCUAUUGUAAUAUUAUGUUGCAUGAAAUAGCAUGAAAAUCGUAAAUCUGAUAAAAGCCUCACUAAGAAAUACAUAUGACAUAUCGUGAUACACAUCACAGAUACAUAUCAAGCACAUAUCAUUAACACAUUGCAACUUAUAAGAGACUUGUCUAAUUGAUUAGCUGCUUAACAUUUUUAUAACUUUAGGUCAAAAUGAAUUAUGGAAAAAAGUCUCCUAGUAUGGGAACACCGUCGGUGUAUUCCCAUGUCACUACCGCUCGCAGCAGUGCAAAUCUUAGAUCGUCAAGAUCAGCUCGCAGUGUAAAAAUUCCAUGGUAUCAGAAACCAAUUAUAACACAUGCCUUUGUACUUGACAUUCAAAGAGGUUCUAUGUUCACUGCUAUAUUUUCAUUGUGUUUAGCCUUUUUCACAAUAUGUACAGCCAUUUUUGAUAUCUACUGCCUUUCACAAGCUACACCUGGCUCCACACAUUACGGAUAUUAUAUCCUAUCAUAUGAAUUUGUUUACGUGGGCAAUCAACAUAUUCGUAAUGCUCUAAUUGUGUUUGCACUAUUCUCCAUGCUGGGUGGAUUAGUUAUCGUUAUAACUUCUUCAAUAUUGAUCGUAGCUCUGCGGAAAGAAUAUGAGAAGAAAAUAGUGCCAUGGCUGUAUAGUUUUGCUAUUUUUGCUAUUUUCAGACUAUUCGCUUUUGUAUUUGCAAGCAUUGUCAAUGAUAUGAUAUUCGCCUAUAACAUUAUGAUGUGUCUUCUAUGGAUACUAUUCACCUGCAUUUCUGCAUAUGGCUGGCUUCUCGUAUAUUCCUUUUAUAUUGAAUUAUCCGAUUUGACAAGAUUAGAAGAUCUGGCUCAUCUGCGGAUUGGUACAAUGCAAUCUCUAAACGCAUCGACAACUCAUUCUAUUGCUGGUUCUCGACCGACAACGCCUCAUAGCGCAGUAUCAACUAUGCCUGUUAAUUAAAUAAUAAUAAUAAUAAUACAGUGGAUAAAAAAGAGGCACAUUGUUACUCUGAGAUAAAUUUUACAAAGAAAAAAAAUAUUGCUAUCAGGUACUAUAUUUUAUAUAUCAGUAGAAAUACAAUGCAAAA